AUGGCGAUGGGUGUGGGUCGCGCGGGUCCGUUCGGGUCGGUGCAGGCGCUGCUGCGGUCGCGCUACGGGUCCGUGGUGCGGCUGUCCGACUUCGUGGGGGGCCUCCCCGGCGCCCCCCCAGGGCUGCUGCCGCUCGGGGGCCCCGGGGACCCCGAAAUCUACCAAACCUUCCUGGCCCAGUGCGUCGUCUGCGUGCCCCGGGGGGCCCGCCCCCUCCCCAACCCGCUCACCUUCCGACAGCUGUCGAGCCAGAAGGAGAUCGUGGCUCGGAUCGUUCAGCGAAUCUGCGAGAAGGGGAGGAAGAACGUGCUGGCGUUUGGUUACACCUUGUUGGACGAGAACAGUAGGUCAGAGCCCGUGGUGUUCACGUCCAACGUCUGUAACUACCUCCCGAACAUCUCCACGGAAACCAUCAGGACCAGUAUCCUUUGGGAGAUGCUGUUCAGCCGGGUCGGGGACGAUGUGAUAAUGUAUUUGCUGGAGCACUGUGCCCUGUUUAUGCUGGUGCCACCCAACUGCUCCUAUCAAAUCUGCGGGCAGCCCAUCUACGAACUCCUGCCGAAGGACUCGUCUCCCCCCUGCCCCUCCUCCCCCCGGUUCUUCCGACAGAGAGCCUCCAACCAGAGGCACAACGUCCUAUCGGAGUACGUCAGGAAGGUUCGUCUUCACAGAAGACGCGGGGCGGAAUCAGAUCGGAAGCAGAAGGGAUGCCAAGUUCGGGAGCGGGAGAGCGGAGCCGGAGGCCGUGUAGAAACCCGUCUGCCGUCCAGACGCACGAACCGAAGUGGGCGUGAAAGGGACCGCCCCGUCACCGACGGGCCAAGAAAGCAGACGGACCCCGGGCUCGCUCCCCGGGCCGCCAAGCGAUAUCUCGAAAAGGACGAAAGGGGAACCUUCGUCAAGAGGCGGAAGGGGGUGGUUCUCGCCGGCCAGGACGGAAGCCCGAACUUAGGGUCACCUCGCCCCACCAGGCCCACGGGGGAGCUCGGGCCAGAAGCUCGGGGGUCCGAGGCGUCGGAGGCCGCCCGGCGUCCGCUCCCAAUGCAGUCGGUUCCCGGGAGCUGCCGGGGCCGGGAAGAUUCCAGAAUUCCAUCAGAUCCACCAUUCCCCGAGCAGGUCCGAGGGAAUUUAGUCCGGUCGGGGCCUCGGGUUCAAAAAACCCGAGGUCUGGAGGCCCCAUCCCAGUCCAGGAGGACGGGAUCAGCUCCCCCAAGAUGGUCUUCCCCCACCUGCUCUCCUCAGGAGGAAGAGAGCCCGAAAUCGGGAGCCGAGGAGCAGACCCCCAGACAGGGGCCUCCGAAUUCGGUUCCGGAGAGUUCCCGGGCACUCUGCCGCGCUGGAGUCUUCAUCGACAGGAUGCGCCUUCUGUAUUCCUCCAGGGACUUGAAGGAACGCUUACCGCGGUCGUUCCUGCUGAAUCGCCUGCAGGGAGACCAGGCGGGGGGACGAGGCUUGGUGGAGGCCAUAUUCCUGUCCGGGAGCCUCCCGGAGGGGAAGCGAGACCCGGCCGGUCAGAGCCUCAGCCGGAAGAAGCGACGGCUCCGCGGACGCUACUGGCGGAUGAGACACGUGUUCCAGGAGCUGCUGCAGAAGCACAGGAGGUGCCCCUACGGCGUCCUGUUGAGGAAGACCUGCCCAGUCCGGGUCGGGGCGGCCGAGCCGGGCACGGACACCGGGCCUCCCGUCGGGCCGGCCGCGGGGAGACGGACGGCGUCGCCGAACGCGGAGGCCGGCGGCGGCCCGUUUCCGGUCGUCGGCGCCCCCGAGGGCUCCCGCCGUGCCGGAGGCGUCUCCCCCACGGCGUCUCCGGGGCCCGUGUGGGACGUGGGUGACCUCCUCCGGCAGCACAGCAGCCCCUGGAGGGUUUACGGUUUUGUGAGGGAAUGCCUGCUCCGCGUGGUGCCUGCCGAGCUCUGGGGGUCCAGCCGUAACAAGUGUCGCUUCCUCAGGAACGUCAAGGCCUUCUUGGCCCUGGGGAAGUUCGACAAGUUUUCCCUGCAGGAGCUGAGGUGGAAGAUGAGAGUCUCCGACUGUGCCUGGCUUCGGACGGGCCGAGGGGAUCACUCCGUCCCAGCGUCGGAACACCGUUUCCGGGAGGAGAUCCUAGCCAAGUUCCUACACUGGUUAAUGAGGGCCUACGUGGUGGAACUACUCCGAGCCUUCUUCUACGUCACUGAGACCAUGUUUCAGAAGAAUCUGCUUUUCUUCUACCGAAAAUGCGUUUGGGACAGGUUGCAGGCCAUUGGAAUUAGCAACCACCUGGCCAAGGUGCAGCUUCAAGCAAUAUCUGAAAAGGAAAUUAAAGAAAACCUGCCCAAGAGAUAUGUUCCCGUGGUAUCCAAACUCCGGUUCAUCCCAAAAUCCAACGGACUGCGGCCAAUUGUGAAUGCAGACACCGUUGCUGGAGCAAAGUUAUUCCCAAAAGAAAGCAGAGAUAAGAAGGUUCAAUAUUUCAACACCCAACUGAAAAACCUAUUUAGCGUCCUGAAUUACGAGCGGACUCUACACCCGCAUCUGCUGGGGGCCUCCAUGUUUGGGAUCGAUGACAUUUAUAAAGCGUGGCGGCAGUUUGUGCUCAGAGUUCUGACGUCUAAGGAUAAAGAACGCAGAUUUUAUUUUGUGAAGGCCGACGUGACGGGGGCUUAUGACACCAUUCCUCACGACAAGCUUGUCGAAGUGAUCUCAAGGAUCUUGAAGCCCGAAGAGGAGACCGUCUAUUGCAUCCAGCGUUACGCCGUGAUCCAGAAAACGGCCAAUGGCUCAGUUCGGAAAACCUUUAGAAGACACGUUUCCACGUUGAAGGACUUCCUGCCCUCCAUGAAGCAGUUUGUGUCCCAUUUGCAGGAGACCACGUCGCUCCAGAAUGCCAUCGUCGUUCAGCAGAGCUCCUCUCUCAACGAGACAAGCACCAGCCUCUUUGCCUUCUUUCGGCAGAUGAUUCAGCACAACAUCCUGAAGAUCAGAAACAGGUAUUACGUCCAACGCCGAGGGAUUCCGCAGGGCUCCAUUCUGUCCACGCUGCUCUGCAGCCUGUGCUACGGAGACAUGGAAAACCGUCUGUUCCCCGGGAUCCAGCAGGAUGGGGUGUUGCUCCGUUUAAUCGAUGACUUUCUGCUGGUCACGCCUCACUUAGACCAAGCUAAACUUUUCCUUCGGACUCUGGCGAAAGGAAUUCCCGAGUACGGCUGUUUUAUCAACCCGCGGAAGACCGUGGUGAACUUUGACGUGGACGAGGACACCGUGGGAUGCUCGCACUUUACUCAGCUCCCGGCUGGCUGCCUCUUCCCGUGGUGCGGCCUGCUGCUGGACACACGGACCCUGGAGGUGUACUGCGACUACUCCACCUACAGCCGGACAUCGAUCAGGGCAAGCCUGUCCCUAUGUCAGAGCACCUCCGCUGGAAGGAGCCUGAGGCGGAAACUCCUGACCGUCCUGAAGCUGAAGUGUCACGGCUUAUUUCUGGAUGUACAGGUGAACAGCCUCCGAACUGUUUGCAUCAACAUUUACAAGAUAUUUUUGCUGCAAGCCUACAGGUUUCACGCCUGCGUCCUCCAGCUUCCAUUUAAUCAGCGAGUCAGGAAAAAUCCAGAAUUCUUCCUCACGGUCAUUGCCGACACGGCAUCUUGCUGCUAUUCCAUGGUACGAGCCAGGAAUGCGGGGGUUACUCUCGGAGCCAAAGAAGCUUCUGGCCCGUUUCCUUCAGAAGCAGCCCAAUGGCUUUGCUAUCAGGCCUUCCUGACUAAGCUGGCAAAUCACAAAGUUGUGUACAAGUGUCUUCUGGGGCCUCUCAAAAGGAGUAAACAGCAGUUACUUCGAAGACUCCCAAGGCCUACGAUGCUGAUGCUAGAAGCUGCGACCGACCCAAUGCUCUGUCAAGAUUUUAAAACCAUCUUGGAUUAA